GCAAAACCAAAAACUCUUUCUUGGGCGAAGUUCCUUUCGAAAGUAAUACUUACAAGAUGGGGGCUUUCCGACGUGCCGUUUUUUUCUUGCCAGUUGUGGCGCUGGCCGCUGCAAGCAACCCGAGCGCGGAAGAGCACUCUCUUCCUGUGACCAGUGCCGCACCUACGUAUUUCGGCACCGGCCCCAUCACCGAUGCGGCCACUGAAGGCAACAAUUUUCUGAACUGGAAGCGAGACACCUCUUUCGAGUCCGUGACAACCAUGGCUUCCGAGCGAGAUUCACUACUCCCGGGAACGCACGGAAGUUCCGGGGAUCUUGUCCUUGGCCUAAACAAGUCGGGAUCUUCUGUGUCGGUUGUGCGCCGUGGAAUGGGUUCGGCCGACAAACCGAAACCGUCCGGGAUGCUCUUGCCCAUGCGUACGCCGUCCAUCACCUCCUCCUGCUCCACAGCAUGCAGCAAAGACGUGCCUGAAUGGGAGUCGGUUUCUUCGAAUGAGCUGAUGAAGCAGGUAGCGGCCACAGAUUGUUUUGCAUUACAGUUAGAUGAUCAGCAGGUACCAGGGCGGAAAAAAAAAUGUAAAAAGUUAGGACCCGUGAACGCGUUUCAGUUGUGUUUUUCCCUUAGAUUUACAUUUACUUUGAAUUCGAUUCGAUGCGGGUGCCUGUUUCUCCCAUCAGGUUUCUCACGCGGCCACCGCACGGCCGACCAAAUUAGCUGUGCCGCCGCUCCGGAAAAGGUCUCAGAGCUACCUGGCCAUCGUCCGGCCGCGCAGCCUGGAAGCGACUCCAGACUCCCCGGAAAUCGAGGAGACGAAGGAAAGUCGCCAGGUGUUCUCCCUGGCGUCUCCGACUUCCACAUUGGCGUGGGAAGGCCGUUCGUACGCGAAGGAGUAUUGACUCGUUUUCCUAUGUAUCGUUAUUUCCCAUUGCUCUUGCACGGUAUGUCUAUGUGUACGUCUACUAGGUCUACUCUGCGACUUGUUGCUAGGUCCGCGUUGAUGCAGAUGAAUCUAGGCACUGGAGGCACC